UGUAAACGUAUUCCCAUGCUCGAGUAAAGGGUUAACGUUAUGUGGAUUACGCUAUACCAUUUUUGCCAACGCAAGAAUUCAGCACCGGGCGCUGUCCAAAAUUGAUGCUGCCGCGUCGCGUUGAAUCGAUGAUGCUCUGCUCGUGGUGCUGAAAUCCUUUGCACUCCUGUUCUCGCUCCUUUCUUCUCUGUCCCUCCCUCCAUCUCUCCUCUCUCCCUCCCUUGGUCCUCUCUCACACUCACAAAACCCUCUGUCAUGGCGUCUUCGAACAAUGUUACCCCCACCAACUGUAGCUGGUGGCCCAUCUCAGCCAUGGAUGAAGACGGUGAAAUUACAGAUGGGGAGAAAAGCGAAGAGCCAGCUAUAGAGUCGAAACCUAAUUUCUCUAAAGACAAGCUUGUUUUGUAUCACUGGACGCAGUCUUUCACCUCUCAAAAGGUGCGUCUGGUGAUCAAUGAGAAGGGUCUGCUGUGUGAAGAGAGGGACGUGAGUCUCCCUAUAGCCGAGUACAAGGAGCCCUGGUUCAUGAGGCUCAACCUGGGGGAGGAGGUGCCCGUCUUUAUCCACGGAGACACCAUCGUCUCAGACUACAACCAGAUUAUAGAGUACCUAGAGGAUCAUUUUGGGGGAGAAACGGUGGCCCAGCUGAUUCCCGAUGCUGGCUCUCCUCUCCACGAGCGUGUGCAGCAGUACCGUGAGCUGCUGGACGGCCUGCCCAUGGACGCUUACACACACGGCUGUAUCCUGCACCCAGAGCUCACCACUGACUCCAUGAUCCCAAAGUACGCCACCGCUGAAAUACGUAGACACUUGACCAACGCUGCGUCUGAGCUGAUGAAGCUGGACCAUGAGGAGCCCACUCUGACAGAGCCAUAUCUCUCCAAGCAGAAAAAACUCAUGGCAAAAAUAUUGGACCACGACAAUGUCAACUACCUGAAGAAGAUCCUUGGCGAGUUGGCCAUGGUACUAGAUCAGGUGGAGGCCGAGCUGGAAAAGAGGAAAAUCGAGUAUAAAGGUCAAAAGUGUGAGUUGUGGCUAUGUGGACCUGAAUUUACACUAGCUGAUGUCUGCCUGGGAGCCUUGUUGCACAGGCUUAAAUUCUUGGGACUCUCAAAGAAAUACUGGGAGGACGGCAGCCGACCCAACCUCCAGUCCUUUUUCGAGCGGGUGCAAAAACGCUACGCUUUCCGCAAGGUUCUGGGUGACAUCCACACAACCCUCCUGUCAGCAGUUCUACCCAACGCAUUCCGAAUGGUAAAAAAGAAGCCGCCAUCUUUUUUCGGGGCCUCUUUCCUCAUGGGCUCUCUGGGAGGGAUGGGAUACUUUGCCUAUUGGUUUUUAAAAAAGAAAUAUGUGUAGUGAACGCCCCCCCCCCCUCCUUGUGUUAAAUGUCUGUGUAUUUGUGUGAUGUUUCAUCUUUUCUGUCAUGUUUUACGACAGCAGGAAAAUAUGAAUCUAUAUAGAGAACACUAUUACUUACCUGGGUGAACAAAGAAUAUAUGAACGUUCCAUACACAAAGGAAUUCUUAACAGCUAAUUUUUCUGGUAUUCAAUGCCUUCAACUAUUUAAUUUAUGUCUCCCUUCUUCAGGUCUCACGAUCCACUUGUUACUUUCUCAUUAGCUCAUUUUGGAGGCAUGCUGUAGGUUCAGUUAUAUUAAUUAAGGGAACAAAUAUAUUUGUGUGUUCAGAAUUAUCAUUAUGGUCAUAUUCCCUACACAUGAGAGAGCCAGACAGAAUGUUUUGACAUUGCAUCACCAUACACAAAGCGGGGCUCAUCCACACCUUGCAUGUACUAGAGUUUUAUUAAAGGGAUAUUUCUGGAUUUAUCUACUUCCAAGAGUCAGAUGAACUCGUGGAUACCAUUUUUAUGUCAAUGUGUCCAGUGUGAAGGAAGUUCGAGGUAGUUUCGCGAGCCAAUGCUAACUAGCGUUAGCGCAAUGACUGGAAGCUAACAGAUACCAUUAGACUUCCAGUCAUUGCGCUAACGCUAGUAAGCAAUUGCACUCACGCUAGUUAUCAAUUUCAUUCAAACUGCACGCAGCGACAUAAAAAUGAUAUCCACGAGUUCAUCUGAAUCUGGGGAAGUAGAUAAAGGGCCUCAUUGCCAAAAUCCAGAAAUAUCCCUUUAAUAGGUUUUUCCAUCAUAGUUUUGGCAUUCACCUAUUGCCCUUCACUCCUCUGUUGGCCUGGGGUUUCUUUUAUUAAAACCAAGGCAAUUUACGUGAUGAACACUGAUACUGUACUUCUGAUACUUCCUGUGCUGCCAAAAACUGCCAGAUGAGACGUUAGGAUAGCAAGACGUCCAGUCGGUCCCAAUUAGAUCCCUAUCCCUUUUCCCUUGGCCAUAACUCUUGUAUGCAGAUCUGUAAGUUCCACGACUACACUGCUUAUACCUAGCCAGACCCUUCAGAUAUGCAAACGUUGGGCCAAAGGGAAGGGUUCGGGAGUGAAUUGGGACCGGCUGAACCAGCCAUAUACAGACAAUACCUUUAGAGCACCAUGAAAACAUAUGUGCUCCAUCCAUUCAUUCAUGAAUAAAAUGUGAUUGUCAUUUCUCACACCACAGCACCAUUGUCUUGAGCUGAUCAUAAACUGAUCCUUGAAAGUCAGAGGUAUGAUGGAGAAAUACGAAAAGGGUCAAUUGAGCCCUCCGCAAUAUUGAGCGAGGAAUCAGUAAGUGGCCUUUAACAGUGCCCCUAUAGAGUGAUUAUGAAAUUCUACAUUGUUCAGUUAAAUACUCACAUGAAUAGCUGACAUGGUUGGUUUGAUUCCAGGAGUUUUAGUUCAGCUAACUAACCUUUUUGUUUAUUUUGUUCUAUGACUGGUAUGACUAGGCAUUUAACCUAAACUUCUACAACCUAAACCUCUUAUAGAACCCCCCUCUGGAGUCUGACUGAACUGUACAAUGUUCCUCUCUAUUGAGGAGUGUUAGCAUGUACACAGACGAAUGUGGAACGUUAGCAGGGUUUGCAUUGUAUGAUUACAAGGAUUUAUUUAUAUUUAAAUGAGGUCUGGGUAAAAAAAAAACACAGGACAA